CGGACGGUCUCGAAAAAGAAACGGUGGAAACCCUCGAAGAAAUGCCCAUCCCGAAGAACCUCCAAUCUCUCUACUUCCGCCCUCUCCGACGAGCCCCGAAAUACGGCAUCCCGACGUGCAACCUCCAACUCCGCUCCUAUAACGUCCGGAACCUCGAGUUCUUUGCCGACUUCGCCAUGCGCGCUGCCUACUAUCUGGAUCUGGCCGCACGAGGACCCGUCCCACUUCCCCGAAUCACGGAGCGCUGGACCGUCCCUCGAAGUCCGUUCGUGCAUAAGAAAUCGCAGGAGAAUUUCGAGCGGGUCACGGUCAGGAGGCUGAUUCAGAUCCAAGAUGGACAUCCGGAUGUGGUGAAGACGUGGUUGGAUUAUCUACAAGAGCGGGCGUUCCACGGCGUCGGUAUGAAGGCGAACGUAUGGGAUUAUGAGAAGGUGGAUUUCACCGAGGGUAUGGACCGGCAGGUGGAGUUGGCGAAGACGGUGAGGAAACUGGAGGAGGCAGAGAGGACGAUUGAACAGGGGUUGGCGGGAUUGGCGCAGGCCGAGAAGAACAUCAAAGCGGAUCCGAGCGUCGGAGGCACACUCUUGAAGCUUCUGCGCCAGAAACAGAGCCUACAGUUCAAACGGGAGGAGUUGAGGAGGCUGGGAACUGGACAGGACGUUAAAGAUGAGGCGCGCUUGAAGAAGCGGGCGGAUUCUGUGGACGAACGGCUCCCGAAGCAGAUCGUGACGACGAAAAAAGACAUCGAAGCGGCGCGGAAAGCUGUCCCGGAGCUGAAGAAGAAGAUCAGUGCAUUGGAGGCGACGAUGAAGAAGCUCGGUGAUAAGGUUGGGACCACCUCUCUCGAAACACCCCAGGAAACAGGACCAUCGCAGGAGGCGGUGAUGGCGAAGGUCAAGGAGCUCACUGAGGAGAUCGAAGGACGCAAGUGAUCUUAUGCAGUCUAUUGGUCUGCGAGACGCGCGGGGAGAGGCGGGCAUCUGCGAACAUCAAUGGUUAAGAGACAAUAUGCUAUGAUCUUUCGACUGGAUAUGCCACUCAGAGGUCGAG